AACAAUGCUAAUGGCUGGUGUGUCAAUAGGGCGAUGCUAAUGGUGGAUUAAAACUUGUUAAUUUUUAACAAAAACAGACAGUUUAUCUCUCUCAUGCAUGUCUGGAUAGAUUAAAGUAAUGUUGGUUAUUACAUUAGGUGUGUUGCUAGGGUUCCUGCGUGAAUGCACAGUAGAGUGACCAUUCGUUUAAAUUCGUUUUAAGAGAUCGUCGUUGAGAGAGAGAGAAAAGAAGAGAGAGAGAGUGAGAGAAGAAGAGAGGGAGAGAUAGAGAGAGAGAGUGGACAGAAAAUGGAGGCUGAAGAGAAAUCAGUAUCAGUUGCUGCGUCCACGAGUGUUGAAGUGCCGAAGCCUCCCUCCAUAGAGGACUUCACGGUGCUGAAGCCAAUCAGCCGCGGCGCCUUCGGGAAAGUCUUUCUGGCCCGGAAAAAGAACAACUCCAAACUCUAUGCUGUGAAGGUGGUGAAGAAGGCGGACAUGCUGGAUAAGAACAUGAGUGAUCAGAUGCGGGCGGAGAGAGACGCUCUGGCCCUCAGCAAGAGCCCCUUCAUCGUGCACCUGUAUUACUCCCUACAGACAGCCAGCAAGGUGUAUCUGGUGAUGGAGUACCUGAUCGGCGGUGACGUGAAAUCUCUGCUCCACGUCUACGGCUACUUCGACGAGGACAUGUCCUUAAAAUACAUUUCCGAAGUGGCGCUAGCUUUGGAUUAUCUUCACCGACAUGGCAUCAUUCACAGGGAUUUGAAACCUGAUAACAUGCUGGUCAGCAACGAGGGUCACAUCAAGCUCACUGACUUCGGGCUCUCCAAAGUGAAACUCGACAGGGAACUGAACCUUAUGGAUAUAUUGACCACGCCCUCUUUGGCCAAACCGAAGAAGGAUUAUUUCCGGACUCCUGGUCAAGUUCUGUCCUUGAUAAGUUCUCUUGGUCUUAAUACUCCAGUGAUGGACGGGAAGCGUCACAGCAGCGCCUCGGCCGUGUCCAGCCCUAUGACUUGUGGGAAAGCCGAGCACAGAAAGAGCUCUCUUUGUUCACCGCUGUUGGCUAGAAGACGAGAGCUCCCGCAUUCCCCCAUCGCCCCGUCACGAGGCCUCGGAAGUGUGUUUAGUCCCAGCUUAUUGGCCAAAAGUCUGACACCGAGGCUGAUGAAAUCCAGGAAGAGGUUCGAGUCUUUAAGUGUUGGCAGUGCUCACUCAUGCAUGCUGCCGUCCAGCGACUCGGAGAGCUGCAUCAGCCCGCUGUGGGAGGACGAGCAGAACGAAAACAUCCCGCCUCUGAACAUAAAGGACACAGUGGGGCGCAGACUCCCCCUGCCUGCGGCGGAGGGAAACGACGUCCCUCAGAGUCCGCUUCAGAACCCAAACUCGAGAUCGGAGUCUGUGAACAAGCAGCACUCAGUCAAACCGGAUUGUAGAAAUGUAAAGCAGGAAAAUUUAGCAGGAAGGAGACUCCCUUUCAAUGACUCUGAUCUCUGUGUCACGCCGGGAAAGACUCCGCUCAAACCAUCGUGCGAGAACAGUCUGACGAAACCCAAGAGGAGCUUCCUCAGUGUUUGUAAGUCUUUAGAGGAAGGAUCUGUUCUAAAUCCAGGCUCGUCUUUGAAACGAGCUUUUACCGAGGUGGACACAAGCCCCGAGCAAGCUGAGAUCCAAGCAAAGAAGAACAACUCCGAGUACAAGCGGAGUUUUCCCAUUCCGGAGAAUGACUCCAGACUCCAUACGGGACUGACCGGGAUUUUCUCUGCCGUCGGUUUGGGGUCUGGCGCAGGAAUCCCGAAGCAGUCCAGCCCUUCAAAAGUGACCAAGAAUCUUUUGUGCGAGCUGGAGGAACCGUACGAGAACGGUCCCAUCUCCGGCCUCACCUCCUCUCCCCGAGAGACUAGACGAAGCCUGAGCUUGGACUCGGAUAGCUCGGUUCAUGAAAUGUCCGUGAUCGCGAACACACCCCCUCCACGUGGAGAAAAAGAAGCUCUGGUCUCGUCAUUUGAGGAUGAAAAUGAAACCUCUGUCAUCACAGAAGCACGGGCUGUAUCGACCUCGCUGAAGUACAACGAGGAAGACCAUCAUCAUCAUCAUCAUCAUCAUCUCCAUGUGGUGUCAAGCAGUCUGCUCAAAUCGCCCCCGUUCCUCAAGCCCAAGAACGUGGUGGCCUUCAGAAGCUACUGCAGCUCCAUCAACCGCUCCAACCUGUCUUACGGCUCGCGCCUCAGCUUGGUCUCGAUGGACGGCAUGGACAUGUCCACGUCGACUUCGUUCCAGACCGCGCCCACCGCUAUCACGCCGGUGCAGAAGAAGAGACGCAGCCUCAACAGCUCACUUUACCAGACUCCUCAGCCGAUGGCCAUGUCUCAUACCCCUUAUCGAACGCCCAAGAGUGUCCGCAGAGGUCCGGAACCAACGGAGAACGCCCCGAUCCUCGGAACCCCUGACUACCUCGCCCCAGAACUUUUAGUAGGGAAACAUCACGUUGCAGGAUCAGUUGCGUAUGACGCCACGGUGGACUGGUGGGCGCUGGGCGUGUGCCUGUUCGAGUUCCUCACCGGAGUUCCUCCGUUCAAUGACGAAACUCCUCAACUCGUCUUCCAGAAUAUUCUCAACCGAGACAUUCCAUGGCCUGACGGAGAAGAGGAAUUAUCCCCCAACGCUCGAGGUGCCAUAGAGAUCCUCCUCAGUACAGACGUCUCCAAGAGGGCGGGGCUUAAAGAGCUGAAACAGCAUGCUUUCUUCACUGGUUUGGACUGGGACAAUCUCCAGAACCAGCAAAUGCCUUUCAUUCCCGAUCCUCAUGACGAGACGGACACGUCUUACUUUGAGGCGAGGAACACCGCACAACACCUGGCUCUCUCUGGCUUCAGUCUCUAAUACACUAACACACACACACAGUUUGCACACAAGCACUCACACUCCUGUAGCUCGUCCUGGCAGCCUCUACGACGGAGGAGAUGAUUUCCUGAUUAUGAAUGUAACGCCCUUCCUUUCUUCCUUCCAUUAUCGUUUUAUGAUCACACACUCUCGAGUGAUUCUUCAGAGACAUUUAGAAUGACGUGAUAAUAAACAAAACCAUCUCACAUCUCUGGUCAGGACUCUACCUAUAUAUAUUCUAAACCUUGUAUAUUAUUUUAGUGUUUUGUGUGUCUCUAUGAGUAAUAUAUUAUUUGUUCCUGCUGCUAUAUUUGGAUACUCUAACAUGCUGAGGGUUUCAGAGAUCGGGUUUUUCAAAUGUCUUUUUUAAUGACAGUAUCGGUUUUUGGAUAGCGUCUCAUGCAAAAACUUAAUUUUUAAUCACGUUUCAGUGCAUGGUGUAGAAGUUCUAAUAAAAUCCCUUUAAUAUCA